AUGGACAAAGAAUUUAUUGUAUUAACAAAUAGUUCUUCAAUUAACCAUAUUUUUACAAGUAUUGCACAAAAUUCUUUGUUACUUUUUACUAACUCUAAUAUACAAACUGUGGGGAUAAUUGUACUUGCGGUUUUAACAAUAAUUAGUGCUGCAUCAUACAUGUUUUAUAGAAUAAAAGAUAAUAAUAUUAGAAACAUAAGUAAAAGUGAAGGAAUUACGAGAAAACGAGAAUUACAAAAGUGUUCUUUGUAUUCAUCGAAAUCUGAAAAUUUUAACUAUAAUAAAAUUUUAAAUGAAUUGCAUAACCUAUGCAACAACUGCACUAACAUUUUUAAUUCGCUGAAAUGCAUAGAACUUAUUUCCAACUAUCCUCAAUUAAUAAACGUUAAACUGUCUGAUGGUUUAACGCCAUUUCAUCGAGUUUGUUUCCACGGCAACGAUGCAUUAAUAGAAUACAUGCUUGAAAAAGGUGCGGAUCCAGAGUUGAAAACGGUUGCUGGAGAGAACGGGUUAUGUAUGGUACUUUAUUAUUACAUAUACGCCAAGGCUGAAAAUUUGAAUUGCUUAGAAACUUUAUACGCAAAGGGCUGCCACCUCACAUUUGGCGAUGAAUGGUAUAAAAUAUUUUUAAAUCUGUCAGUCAGGGCUAAUAAUACAAAUUUGACCAAAUGGUUACUCACUCAUUCAAAAUCGCCAAAAGGAAAACAUUUUAAUAGAGCUUCAUCCGCUCCUUUAUAAUAAGUAACAUUUUUCCUUAAUUUAUUUUAAACAUGCAUACGCGUACACACCAUUUAUAUUAUUUAAGUUGACAAAUGAAUUGCGUAAAUAUGGUAUAAUACAAACAAAACUUAUUCUGUAUAAUUGAUAUUAUAAUGUAAUUGC